AUGAAGGGUUUCGGCAUUGCCACAGCCAUCGCGGCGGCGAGCAUGCUUGUCUCCAAGGUCGCUGCUGACGUUGACCCCAUCGUCAUCAAGGGCUCCAAGUUCUUCUACAAGACCAACGGAACUCAAUUCUUCAUGCGCGGUGUCGCAUACCAGGAGGAUGUUUCCAACUCGACCGACAGCACUUACACCGACCCUCUGGCCGAUGCAUCCAUCUGCUCGCGCGAUAUCCCUUACCUCCAGGCCCUCCGCACCAACACCAUCCGUGUUUACGCCAUCGACCCUACUAAGAACCACGACGAUUGCAUGAACAUGCUCGCAGAUGCUGGCAUCUACGUUGUUUCCGAUCUGUCUGCCCCCGACCAGUCCAUCAACCGUAACGACCCCGCCUGGAACGACGACCUGUACGAGCGUUACGUCUCUGUCGUUGACGCUCUCGCCAACUACACCAACACCCUCGGUUUCUUCGCCGGUAACGAGGUCUCGAACUCCAAGAACACCACCAACGCCAGCGCUUUCGUCAAGGCUGCUGUCCGUGACACCAAGGCAUACAUCGCCUCCAAGGGCUACAGACCUCUCGGUGUUGGUUACGCUACCUCGGAUGACUCUGAUAUUCGUGUCAACAUGGCCGACUACUUCGACUGCAGCUCCGACACCGCCCUCAACAUUGACUUCUGGGGUUACAACGUCUACUCUUGGUGUGAUCCUUCCACAUACUCAACUUCUGGCUACGAGGCUCGCACUGAGGAAUUCGAGAGCUACUCUGUCCCUGUCUUCUUCGCCGAGUACGGUUGCAACGCUCACCGUCCCCGCACUUGGGGUGAAGUCGAGGCUCUUUACGGUGAUGACAUGACCAAGGUCUGGUCUGGUGGUAUUGUCUACAUGUACUUCGAGACUGAGAACGAGUACGGUCUCGUCUCUAUUACCAACAACAAGGUCUCGACCCUGGGAGAUUAUAGCAACCUCAGCAAAGCCAUGGCGACUGUUUCUCCAUCGGGCGUCAACAGUGCUUCGUACUCUCCUACCAACAGCGUUGCCGCCUGCCCCACUGUCAACAGUGCUUGGGCUGCUGCCGCCUCCCCACUUCCUCCCUCUCCCAACCAGGAGCUUUGCAGCUGCAUGUUCAACUCUUUGAGCUGUACCGUCAAGUCUAGCGUCGAUGAGGAGGCCUACGCUGACAUGUUCGACUAUGUGUGUGGUGCCGACGCUGAUGCCUGCGCAGGGAUUCAGCACAACGCCACAACGGGUUCCUAUGGCGCAUAUUCAAUGUGCAACUCCACUGAGCAGCUUGGUUUCGUCCUCGACCAGUACUAUUCCGCCCAGCCCUCUUCCCAGAGAGCCUCCGCUUGCGGUUUCAGCGGUUCUGCAACUUUGAAGUCCGCAUCAAAGCCUACCGGAGUCUGUUCUUCCUUGAUGGCUCAAGCCGGAACCGCCGGUCAAGGUACCGUCACUGCCUCCCCCACUACUGGAUCUGGAGCCGCUGCCACUGGCGGUUCGGGCUCAAAGGCAUCUGGUUCUUCGUCUGGUUCCAAGGGCGCUGCUUCCACUCUCUCCGUCCAGAACGUCCGUGUCGGCUCCUUCGCCCUUGGUGUCUCGGCCUUUGUUGCCGUUCUCUCUGGUGCUUUUGCCCUUCUUCUGUAA